AUGGCAAUCACGUCACAAAUUAUAGUUUUUGCUUUAAUUACUGCUCUUCUUCUAACUAUAGCAGCUACUAUUAUUCUUUCUUUAAUUCCAACUUUUAUUGCAAAUCGUUCUGUUACACCAAAAACGAAUACAAAAGCACUUCGUAUUGCAGUCGUUGGAGCAGGUAUUAGUGGUCUUAAUGUUGGUCUCACAUUAUUAGAUUCAAAUUUAUUUUCAACAAAAAAUAUCAUUAUUUAUGAAGCUAAUAGCAUUGUUGGUGGUCGUAUGCAUACAAAACAUUGGACAACUGAUAGUCAAACAUCAGAAUGGUGUGGAGAAUAUUUAGAUACUAAUUAUUAUUCUAUGAUCAGUUUAAUAAAUCGUUUUAAUAUUCAGUUACUUGAUACAUUUGCUAUAGCAAAUUCUUUAUAUAAUACAACAUAUUAUUUUUUAAAACGUUAUUAUACUACAACACAAGCAUGGACUGAUUAUAAAGUAGUUGAAAGUACUAUUAUACAACAAUUAGAACAAAUCGGUAGUAUUAAUUAUUCUCAAAGUAAUACAUAUGGCCGUUAUUUUGAUAAUUUAUCAUUAUAUGAUUGGAUUGAAAAAUAUGUACCAAAUGGACAUCAAUCGAAUUUUGGAGAAUAUCUUGAUUCUGCAUAUCUACAAGAAUAUGGAUUAGAUACACAAAAAUUAAAUUCAAUACAAUUUCUUAAGACAAUUGAUCCUUCUAGUCAACCCGCAAAUGGACCAUUAUCUAUCUAUGGUUUAUCUGAUCAACGAUUUCGAAUGAUAGGUGGUAAUGAUCAAUUACCAAUAACAGUUGCUCAACAUUUAACUGAUAAUGGUAUUAAAAUUCAACUUAAUCAUAAUUUAACAAAGAUUGUAAAAUUAGCUAAUAAAAAAUAUCGAUUAACAUUUUCUGAUAAUAAUGCAUACACAUUUGAUCAUGUUAUUUUAACAAUUCCAACAACAACAUUGAAAUAUGUUGAUUAUAGUCAAGCUCAAUUUGAUACAUUAAAACAACGUGUUAUUAAUGAAUUAGUAUAUGGUACAAAUACAAAAGUAAAUUUACAAUUUACGAAACGUUUUUGGUAUGAUGAAUCAUCUGAUGGAGUUAUAUAUACUGAUUUACCAUUUCUUAAUUCAUGGGAAGAAACAUUAGGUCAGCAAGGAACUACUGGAAUAAUAGUUUUACUUACAGGAGGAGCUGAAGGAUUAGCAUUUAAUCCUCGAACAGGAUUUGAUUCUAUAUCAAGUUCAGAAGGAAGUGUUAGUACAAAUGUUUAUAUACAAAACUUUUUAAGUGAUCUUGAUGAAAUUUGGUUCAAUGCAUCAAAGUAUUAUACUGGACUAGCUACAGUGUCAGCUCCAUGGUAUGAUAAUCAUUAUCUUGGUUCUUAUCCAGCUUAUACACUUAAUCAAUAUUCAACACUACGUGGUUAUGAAAAACAAAGACAAGGCAAUGUACAUUUUGCAGGUGAUUAUACAUCAUCAGAUUAUCUUGGUUUAAUGGAAGGUGCAGUAGCCGAAGGUGCAAGAGCUGCAAAUGAAAUUAUCUAUGAUUAUAAAUAA